AACUGUGUGUACUUUGUCGGUUGUGCAAGCCCCAGACAGAGAGAAUAUGAAACAUCUUGUGAUAACAAGGCUAAGGAAAAGUAACGAGUCUUUAGCUUUAAAAUUAACUUUACCAAGUGAAGAUGAUGAAGAUGAUUUGAUGAUGAAAGAGUUUCAGACAAAUGAUUCCGUCGUUCGUGAUCUUUCUUCGAUAUUCCGACAAAAUACUCUCGGUGAUUUCGCUGUUAUAAUGCGAGAGUUGAAUGAAAUUGAAGAAUUCAGGUCUAAAAGAUGUGAAUGGGUGAGCAAGAGAAAGCAACUUGACAACAGACUUGAGAGGUUUGUACAGAGAAUGGAAGAGGUUUGGUUUGGAAGAUGGCGUGGUAUUCUCAAUGGGCGACGUCUGAACGAAAUGGACUGUUCUAGGCUACAAUCUUACGUAGAGAAGAUCCAACAAAUGGCAAUUAAAAUUUUGGGAAGACGAAUACAGAAUGAACAGUUACUGGAGGUGCUUACAGACAGUUUCUGCCAUCUUCAAGCAAAUCAGGUGAUGAAAGCAUUAGCAGAUCUAACUGGAUUCAAAGAAAAUUGUGAACAACUUUUUAAGUUCUCUAAGGCGUUAGCUAAAUUUCUCGACGAUCAUGAAAGAGAUGACAAUGCAUCAAGUUUGAGAAGAGGUCCAAUUGUUUUGGUCUUAGAUAAGGCCAUACAACAUCUCCCAUUUGAGUCCAUGCCGAUACUUCGUGAACAAGAAGUCUCAAGAAUGCCCUCGCUUCAAUUUAUAAAUGCUCAUUUGAGUAUGCAAAGAACGAUGAUUUCAGGAGUGGAUACAAAAAAAACGUUUUAUCUUUUGAAUCCACAAGAUAACCUUCCAAAUGCCGAGAAAUGGUUUUCUCGAUGGUUUUUAUCUGAGAAGGGAUGGAAAGGAGUAGUUGGACGUGCACCUUCCAGUGAGGAGUUCAAAGAAGGUCUGGCAAAAAAUCAGUUCUUCAUAUAUGUUGGCCAUGGCAACGGUCGGGAAUUCCUUAACGGUGAUGAAAUUACAAGAUUGUACUGUGAAGCUGUUGCUUUAAUCAUGGGCUGCAGUAGUGGAAAACUAAUCGUCAAGGGUCAGUGUGAUGCAAGAGGAAUGGCUCUCAAUUACUUAAUGUCUGGAAGUCCAGCCGUGGUUGGAAAUCUUUGGGACGUCACAGAUGUAGAUAUUAACAAAUUCACCGAAAAUGUACUGCGCUUAUGGUUUAAGAAAUCUCAUAAAUUGUCACUUACACAGUGUAUUGUACAAUCUCGUAAUGUUUGUGAUAUGAAGUAUGUUAAUGGUGGGGCGCCUGUAGUUUAUGGUAUGCCUGUGUUUACACGAAAUGUGAAUGAGUAAUUUAGACUUUAGCCACUUUAAAUAGGUUCAUAUCGAUGAAGUCAUGAAGUGUAUUUUUACUGAAAUGCUGGAUUAUUUUAUGCAUUUAUUGUCAUGAAUUGAAGGCUAUGUUUUGGCCUUGCUUAUUCUUUUUUAACUGAACCCAAACUAUGUAAGUAACCUCGUCUAUAUAAAUAGAACAUAUAUGUAUAGCAAUGAAAGGUUUAGUGAUCGUAAUAUGCUUUGUGGUAAGCUUUGUGAUAACUCUAAGCUUGUUACCGAUGUUACUUUUGAUCAUCUGUUGUUUUGCGAAUCCCCUUGGUUGAAAAUAUUGGCUCAAGCAUACUUAUAACAUAUUGCAUGCAUGCUUCUUUGUUAUAAAUGAAACGGACAUUUGUUA